AUGGACCACCAGGAGCCCUACUCGGUGCAGGCCACCGCGGCCAUCGCGGCGGUCAUCACGUUCCUCAUCCUUUUCACCAUCUUUGGCAACGCGCUGGUCAUCUUGGCUGUGUUGACGAGUCGCUCGCUGCGCGCCCCGCAGAACCUGUUCCUAGUGUCGCUGGCCGCCGCCGACAUCCUGGUGGCCACGCUCAUCAUCCCUUUCUCGCUGGCCAACGAGCUGCUGGGCUACUGGUACUUCCGGCGCACGUGGUGUGAGGUGUACUUGGCGCUCGACGUGCUCUUCUGUACCUCGUCCAUCGUGCACCUGUGCGCCAUCAGCCUGGACAGGUACUGGGCCGUGAGUCGGGCACUGGAGUACAACUCCAAGCGCACCCCACGCCGCAUCAAGUGCAUCAUCCUCACCGUGUGGCUCAUCGCAGCUGUCAUCUCCCUGCCGCCGCUUAUCUACAAGGGCGACCAGGGGCCCCAGCCUCGUGGGCGCCCGCAGUGCAAACUUAACCAAGAGGCCUGGUACAUCCUGGCCUCUAGCAUCGGAUCUUUCUUUGCACCCUGCCUCAUCAUGAUCCUGGUCUACCUGCGCAUCUACCUGAUCGCCAAGCGCAGCCACCGCAGAGGUCCCAGGGCCAAGGGCCGCCCUAGGGAGGGUGAGUCUAAGCAGCCCCGCCCCGUCCCUACUGGAACUUCAACCAAAAUGCCAACCCUGGCCUCUCUGGCUGCUUCUGGAGAGGCCAAUGGUCACUCCGAGCCCACUGGGGAGAAGGAGGAGGGGGAGACCCCUGAAGAUCCUGCGACCCCUGCCUUGCCACCCAGCUGGUCGGCCCUUCCCAACUCAGGCCAGGGUCGGAAGGAAGGUGUUUGUGGGGCAUCUCCAGAGGAAGAAGCUGAGGAGGAGGAGGAAGAGUGUGAGCCUCAGGCCUUGCCAGCAUCUCCUGCCUCCGCCUGUAGCCCACCCCUGCAGCAGCCACAGGGGUCCCGGGUGCUGGCAACACUACGUGGCCAGGUGCUCCUGGGCAGGGGCGUGGGCACCUCGAGCGGGCAGUGGUGGCGGCGGCGGGCGCAGCUGACUCGGGAGAAGCGGUUCACCUUUGUGCUGGCCGUGGUCAUCGGCGUUUUUGUGCUCUGCUGGUUCCCCUUCUUCUUCAGCUACAGCCUGGGUGCCAUCUGCCCACAGCACUGCAAGGUGCCCCAUGGCCUCUUCCAGUUCUUCUUCUGGAUCGGCUACUGCAACAGCUCGCUGAACCCCGUCAUCUAUACCAUCUUUAACCAGGACUUUCGCCGUGCCUUCCGAAGGAUCCUUUGCCGCCAGUGGACCCAGACGGCAUGGUGA